GGAAAGGUUCAGAUGAAGCUGAACACAGUGAUAAUCUUUUCUUCUACACCCACAGAUAUAAGUGAGUGUGAAAGUAAUCCCUGCCAAAAUGGAGGUACCUGCGUGGAAGGUGUUAACCAAUACAAAUGCAUCUGCGCCCAGAACUGGAGUGGCUCUCACUGUCAGCACCAAACACAGACAGCACCACCUGAGUGGAGCGUCAUGAACGAUCCAGCAUUCAGCCGGAGACCUCGCUGCGCCCAAGUGAACCAAGCCCAACACUGCAGCUGUGAUGCAGGCUUCCACAUGAGUGGCACCUCUGACAACAGUAUCUGUCAGGAUGUAAACGAAUGCGAAGUGUACCGGUUGGACCAAGGAGGGAAGCUGUGCGUCCACGAGUGUGUGAAUGUCCCGGGCUCGUACCGCUGCUCCUGCCCCAGCGGCUACAAGUUGCUUGCAGACAGGCGGAGCUGUGAGGAUGUGGACGAGUGUUUGAGCCAGCAGCACAACUGUAGCCGAGGGACAACUUGUAUCAACACGGGGGGGGGCUUUCAGUGUGUCAACCCAGAGUGUCCCCGUUCUCAUGGCAACAUCAGCUACGUCAAGACAUCUCCCUUUCAGUGUGAGAGAAACCCCUGCCCCAUGGACAGCCGCUCCUGCCACCUGGCUCCUAAGACCGUGUCCUUCCACUACCUGUCUCUGAGCUCCAACCUGCAGACUCCUGCAACUCUUUUCCGUAUGGCGACCGCCUCCGCCCCAGGUCGCACCGGGCCCGACAGCUUGCGUUUCGGCAUAGUGGGCGGAAACUCCAGAGGUAUCUUUGCCAUGCAGCGUUCAGACAGGCAGACCGGGGAGCUGAUCCUGGUCCAGCAGCUGCGGGGGCCGCAGGAGAUCAGCAUAGACGUGGACAUGUCUGAGUACAGCGACCGCACCUUUCAGGCCAAGCAUGUGGCUAAGGUUAACAUUCUGGUUUCACCUUACAACUUCUGAGAGAGAGCUGGAGAUGGACGAAGACGAGACGGUGAGGUGAAGAAGAACACGGAGCAGUGUAAUGAGAACUGAGUUUCCUGGUACUGUUUCUUUAUCCGUAAUUCAAUUGUCUGAGUAGCCAGUUGCAGGACAACACUUGUUCAGUGGCCAAUUACCACAAUAGUGAGAGUGGCAGGUACGGAGGCCCAUGUGGUUAUGACUUAACAACAGGUGAAAGAGGCGUUGCCAAUGUAAUCUUUCUACGUUCAUUUUUCUAUGUAUGACUUUUUUCCAAUAUUCACCUGGCAACAAGAGGCUGAAAUGCACCACUACCCUACUUUGUGUUUUAUCAGUUUAAAACACAUAUUAUUGUUUCUUAUGUUUAGAGUUUGUGGAUACAUUUUAAACUCUCUCUAGAACACUUCAUUGUUUUAAGUCCAAUUUGGAACAAGUUUUGCAGAUCAGACUCUUGUGGCCAGAAAAUAAGUAUUACAACACUUUCACCUGCCAACACUUAUUUCACCUGUUGCACAGACGAAAAACACUGUAAAAACUCGAAACCUUACCAAGUAUAUUGGUCUUAUUUCUAGUCAUAUAAUCUCUGUCUGUGUUUUUACAACUGAUAUAAGACAUAAUAACUUAAAGGUGGGGUAGGUAAUUUUGGAGAAACC